AUUUCUGCUAUGCUCUGAUCGCAGAAAACUUGACAUUUAUCUUGGACAAUAAAAAUACCAAUAUGUAUACUUAGUAUAUUUAAGGGUCACCCUAGUAGACUAUUUCAGUUGUUUGUCUUCACCCCCUAUUCAGAGUCUUAUAGAAGUCUUCGGACACCUUGAGGCAUACCGACCUACCUGGUUACUGUAGCUUCUGCAACUCCAUCCUACUAGGCAUAUCCCCACCAUAGCUCGGCAUUUGGGCAUCUACAGUAACAACAAAAUACUUGGCCUAAACUUUCGAAAGUGCGUAUACACGUCUCCUUAUUUGACUACUACAUACUGGCCUUCUCCUUACAUGCCUGCCAUUAUUCGCUUGUUAUUAAGGACUAAACGACGAAAUAGGGGCUGUUAAUAGUUAACCUGGACUAAGCUGUCCAUUCCUCUUUCUGUCUGACGUGCCCCUCACCAGCUAAGCUACCUACCUACCUACGUGACAGGGUUGCCUCUGUACUGUAGUUUCAACUUCAGUCUCCGUGCUCAUCUCCGACCUUUGGCUUUCCUCACCUCCAUACUCAGCAUUCUUACAUUCGUUUUCCCUCCUUCUUCAUCCCGCAUCUUACCAAUAUGUCUUCCCGUCUCCCUCUCUUCACGCGCGGCUCCGCAGACUCGCAAUCUCAGGAGAACGAUCCCAGCUCUCCCGCCGAACAGCGCGACGAUGCCAAGCGAAACUUCCUAAAGACGAUGCGAGCACUACCCACUCAGCAUUAUUGGAACGUCUACUUCGACCGACAGGCCAAGGAAGGGGAAAGCGGUGAUCAGUAUCACUCAGGGCUGGAGCAGCUGGGUACCCAGAUCGAGUCGGUGCAGGACUUUUGGCGAUAUGCCAAUAAUACCCCUGUCGGAAAUAUCGGUGUUCGAGAGUCUUUGUAUCUUUUCAAGUCAGGCUUCCGCCCUGUCUGGGAGGAUCGACGCAAUAUUCUUGGUGGAAGUUGGACAUUCCGCUUCCCUAAGAGCAUAGGUCCUGAUGUGUGGACUCGUGUUCAGCUCCUUGCUAUUGGCGAGAAACUCCAAAGUGUUCUCGACGACGACGACCAGCUUUGUGGUGUUGGUCUCUCCGUCCGCUUCAACUCCCACCUCAUCACCGUAUGGCACCGCGACGCCUCCAAGAAGAACUCAAUCGACAACAUCGUCAAGUGCAUCAUGGAAGAGCUCCCUCCCGAGAUGCACCCCAAGCCUGACGCAUACUACUACAAACGUCACUCAGACCACGCUGGCUUCAACCCUCCCCCGGAGCUCAAAGUCGUGCUCGAUUCCCGCCGACAGGAAGAGGAGAAGCUCGCCGCCGCGGCCAAGGGUGGUGACGCUAAGCCAGCGGUGACGGUCGAGUCUCCGCAAUGAUUUUCACGAAAGUUACGACAUUUGGUUUUGCGCUGCUAUAUAGUUCAGGUUCAUUUCAGGUAGUUGGGUUGACAUAGUGUGUGCUUGUUAGCUCACAUAUCCCGUCCCGUCGCUGUCACCUACGGGGCAUGCAUGCAUCUGAUAAGGCGUUUCAGAAUUAGGUGUUAUUAUACAUAUGUAUUGGCCAGGACCGUUGAUCCUGAGGAACCUAGCGCUUUUAAGAUUGUGUAAUUAGAUUUGGAAACAGUGAAUGCGUAGAGCUGCUCCUUGACUCCUGAUAUAGACACUGAAUGGCUGAUGCCUCCGUUUUUGAACUCAUCAAGGUCCCUCCAAACAAGCCUCAACUCAGUAACGC